GAGGAAAGAAUCAUUAAGCAUAAUGUCAUCAGAAUCUAUCUCUCUCCAAGUCACAGUCUGGAUCAGCCCAGGGAACGUCCCCAAGUUCUUUGAGGCACUCCGUCCUGUGUAUGAGAAAGUCAUCGCGGAGCCGGAAUGUACCUUUUUCGAAUACUAUGAAGAUCCAGAGGAGCCGGGACGGAUCUCUUGGGUCGAAAAUUGGUCUCAGAGUAAAGAAUGGCUACUUCAGAACCAAAUGCCAAAGGAGUAUUAUCACGAGUAUUUCGCCAUCACAGAGCCAAUGUUUAUCAAGCCACGGGAAUUCAAGGUACUCAGGCGUGUGGGAGCACCGUUUACGAUGGUGAAGGAGAAGAAUGGAGGAUUGAGAGAGUGAUAGAGAUAUCACCAUACUUGCUAUGAUUGAGAUGAAUUGCUAUUUGGAUGAAAAAAUGGGUACAUGGCUUCAUUUGAAAGAUGGGAACGAAACAUGCUCGUGUAUGAAUUCUAGAGCUUCGAGGACCUGUUUCAAUACUUAGCUCGCGGUGAUCUAUCAAAAACAUCAGUGGGAAUGGCAAACCUUUUCAUCCUCACAAGGACGUCCAAUAAGUUGAAGUGAAACAGGCGCAUCACGAUAUAGUUCCGGCUGCAGGCUGCAUCUGCUUAAUUGUGACAUUACACAGGUAAAG